CAAGAAAAGACCCGGAACGAGUUAAAGUUCACGUUUCUGCCCGACUUACAUUCGCGAUGCACUCUUGGUGCCCGUGUGUUUACAUCAUCUAAUCUUGUUUGUUAUACUUCUAUUUACUUCACCAAGUCAAUGGACUGACAUUGGCCAGCCAAGAUGCUGAAAGAUCUUCCUCGAGAGGCUUUGUUCCGGCCGUUGACCAGGAAUGAGGUGGUGGGCAUGCUGUUGAGGCUGACGAUCUUUGGAGCAGCCACCUACUAUAGCAUCAAGUGGGUUGUAGACGCAAUGGACCCGACUGCUAAACAGAAAAGCCAAGCCAAGAAAAGGGCCGAACAGCUUAUGAAGACGAUUGGUGUUGAAGGGGUCAAACUGACUGAGUAUGAGAUGAACAUCGCAUCACAACUAGUGGAUCCACAAACUAUGAAGGUGUCCUGGAGAGACAUCGCAGGUCUCGAUGAGAUCAUCAAUGAGCUACAAGACACAGUCAUUCUCCCCUUUCAGAAAAGACACCUUUUGGCAGGAUCCAGACUGUUUCAGCCACCAAAAGGUGUUUUAUUGUUUGGUCCUCCAGGCUGUGGGAAAACCAUGAUUGCUAAGGCAACAGCCAAAGCGUCUGGCUGCAAAUUCAUCAACCUGCAGGCGUCGACGCUGACCGAUAUGUGGUAUGGCGAAUCUCAAAAGCUGACAGCUGCCGUCUUUUCGUUGGCGGCCAAACUACAACCGUGUAUCAUUUUUAUUGAUGAAAUUGACUCAUUUCUCAGGAACCGCUCCAGCCUUGAUCACGAGGCCACUGCCAUGAUGAAGGCCCAGUUCAUGAGUCUGUGGGAUGGCCUGGAAACUUCCUCAGCCACUCAAGUGAUGGUCAUGGGGGCGACAAACCGACCACAAGAUGUAGAUCCUGCUAUCCUACGCAGAAUGCCCACCACAUUUCAUGUUGGCUUUCCUGACACAAGACAAAGACACGACAUUCUGCGGUUGAUAUUAGCAGAAGAAAAUCUGAGCAACACUAUUAAUCUGAAGGAGAUAGCCGAGAAGACAGAAGGCCACUCGGGCAGCGAUCUGAGGGAACUGUGCCGCGAUGCCGCCAUGUACAGAGUUCGAGACUACGUCCGCAAGGAACAGAUGAGGCAGAUCGCUCAGCAGUUAGGAGAGAUCGAGGAAGAGGAAAUAUCCAUGAAUGAGGAUAAAUUGCGUCCAAUCACCCAGCUCGACCUACUAUUUGGCUUGGACAAGAUGAGGGAGUCCAAACGAGGCACGGCGACCAUGUUACCUACUGUUCCCGAGGUUCCACUGGACUGAACAUCUUUCAAGCUUUUCUUUUAUUGUUCUCGUUGAUGUCCAUCAGGUACACACUCUUUUUCGUCUUUACCUGUCUCUUCUGUGCAUUGAACCGGAGGCAGCACUGGGUUUGUGGCUCUUCCCUAUUUGAGUUGUGUACAAAACUUAACAGUUGUACCUGCUGUUGCGAUUUGAAAUAGGGCAUGUUUUCUCAAACCUAAGACACACAAGCAGUAAAUGAAAUGAUGUAUAACAAUAAUAGCAGAAACAGAUAUUGUGUUUUAGUUAUAUGUACUUGCUACGUCAUGCAUGUUUUUCAAAAAAAAAAAAAAGCCUCCGUGUAGGGUGUUAGCACACCAAAAUAAAUUCUUCACACCCACAUUCAAUCCUAAAAUCUCAAUGCAGAGAACUUGAUGAACAUUGAUGCAUAUGAAUGAGCCUGCUGGUUUCUAAAUUGUGAGUCAUGGCAACAACUAAAAGACGGCGCAUUAUCGCCGAUCUGCCAGUGCAGUGAUUUUAUGUAAAUGAUCUCCGGGUGAACCACAUUGGGAACAUAUCCUUGGUGAUAGACGCACGAUAUUGAACAACAUACUUCCUGCUGCUCUAUACCAUCUGCUGCUCUAUACCAGCUAUACAAUGAUAAUAAAUAAUCAAGUUAUAAAAGUCGGAUUGUGUAUACUGGGGCAGACGUGUUUUAAUGGCACUUCUCGGUCUGAAAGUAUUUUGAAAUUGCACCCUUCUUUUGAAUGUAGCAAUGUGUUUCCUAGUGGUCCAAAAAUCCCAUUAAACUUAUAACAAAGACAUCUAACAAUUAUCAUCGCUUACUUUCCCAUACAUCUUUGUUUUUUGUUUUUAAAAUGUAUUUCUUUUAUUGUUUUUUAUUAUCUUUUAUUAUAUUAUAUAUAUAUAUAUAUAUAUAUAUAUUAUGUGUGUCAAAUACAUUAUAUACUUAUACACACACCUAUACAUAUACAUAGUCAAUGACAAGUUUUUCCACCAUGCGAUUGAUCAAUAUUGAUACUGAUAAUAUUGGGUGGCCGCUCACCACUCUGCUGCGUCUUUGGAUUUGGAACGGAAAUGCUUGGAAUUUAAAUGCAGGGUUGAAGGGGUUGACAAUUCACGUUUGAUGUAUCAUUUCAUGUUUGCAUGCAUUUACAAUCUCGUAUUUGGUCUAAAGCAGUGGUUCUUAACCUUGUUGGAGGUACCGAACCCCACCAGUUUCAUAGGUGCAUUCAUCGAACCCCUCUUUAGUGAAAAAUAAAAUGUUUUUUCAAACUCAAGACAAAGAUGUUUUUUUUUUACUAGUGCACAAAAUGAGCCGUGCAUGAACAGUACCUUGUUCAAAGAACGAAGCCAACACAAUUCAGGAACUCACAACAGACUGCAUACCUGCAAAUCAGUGUGACUUCUGCUGUUGCCUUUGCGAGACCAGUUAAGAUAUGCGUUAUCACACAUUUGUAAAUCGGGUGUGUUCGGAUCUCUGCAGUGGAGGCUCUGCUGAACCCCUGAGACCGACUCACCGAACCACUUGGGUUCGAACAAACCCAGGUUAAGAACCACUGGUCUAAAGAUUUAUGAACGUGGCUCCAUUAGUGUGUGUGUGUGUGUGUGUCUCAAAGUAAACACCAGGGGGCGCUGUAGUUGCACUGAUUUUCACCAAAGCAGGUUGACAUUGAAAGGCUGUUUGUUUUUUGUUUUUUUUAUCUUCCUUGUAGCAUUAAGGUUUUAAUGUGCCCAGAUUAUACCUCAGAUUUUUGUUUUGGGACUUAUUUAUUGAUGAUGAGGUAUUUCUGUGGUUAGAAUACUAUAGAUGACAGUUAAUAUGUCAACCGUUUCCAUGAAAACCUGUAAUUGUGUCUUACCACAUCAAGUUUUUAUGUUGAUCACAAGCUAUUUAAUUAAAAUGUUCCCCUGUUGAGAUGUUACCUCGGUCAGGCUUUAUGAAUGUCAAAGCUGCAUUCUUAUUAAGUACACAAAGUGUAAAAAAUAAAAGGUGUCAUUGUUGUUAUUCGUCAAAUAAACAUCCUAAUAAUUA